UGUAGUCCAGCCAAGAAGAGUUAAAAAUCCUCAUCCACCCCAUCCGAAGGAUUUUACAUCCAAGCACUUACACCCUAGAUGUAAAAGCCCACCACGUUGCAUCAGGAAAACGAAACUCAGACAAGUUUAAGCAGAAAUGUGGAGUUUUGGGGAACUGACAAAUUAACCUUGAUUUUAUUGAGCGGCCUACUCCAAUUCCUCAUUCGCACAUCUGUAACUCCAAUCUGUAACUGCAUCACAAAGCGUCAGCAUUGUUGCUUCCGAGAAAGUCCUUAACUUGUCCCGACCGAGGACGAGGGGGCAGAGACACACAACCCCGUUUCCAUUCGGUUGCCUGCGGACUCUCCGCGGCCAGCGCAUGAUCAAGCCCCGCGGGUUUGGGCCAGAGUUCAGAGUCGAGGAAGUGGUUGAGGGAUCUUUGGCUGUGUGCGUGUCGGGGCCGACGCCUCUUUAAUACUCAGCAACACAAUGUCGCAACGCGAAACGCCGGCGGAGAACGGAGCAAUGGAGGGGGAGCAGGUCUAUGGGCGGACUACCGUGCCCAUCCAGGGCGCCGGCAGCCUCUGCAGUUGUAACCGCUUCAGCAAGCCCCGACACAUCGUGAAGCUGUUGGAAGUGGUCUUUUCGUUUUUGGCCUUUGUUUUGGAGGAGGUGGUGGCAUCCUGCGAGAACUGUCAUGCACUUUACUUCUUCGAGUUUGUCAGCUGCAGUGCCUUCUUCCUGACUUUGCUCUUGUUAAUUAUAUUGACCACGUCUCUGAGAGAAAAAGUGAGCAGAGUCAGCUGGCCAAAAGUGGACUUCUGUUACACUGCUGUGAUAGCAUCAUUUUUCCUGAUUGCCUCUUUGGUAUUUGCAGCCAAGAAUGAGGGAUCUCAUGUCGAGAAAGCAGCUGUUGCAUUUGGAUUCAUGGCUACUUUAGCCUUCGCGGUGGAUAUUCUGCUGUGUUUGAAAGAAAAGGAAUGGCCCAUGAGCAAAAAUGAAACGGUACAAGCUGAGACCCCAAGAGACCCCAAAACUGUGAAAGGAGAGACAGAACCACUGAAUGAGCCCGGAACUAUACCUGUCUGAGCUACAAAGGCAAAAAUCUUGUUUUUUUUACAACUUUACCUAUUUUGUGUACAUUUGUAUUUUGAAUACUCAGACUUGAUCCAACAGAGUAGCAAACAAACUGUUCAGAGAUGUAUUAUUCUCUUUGGCCUUACUGGCAAGUGUUUCUUUUACUAGUUGGGGGACUCCGUGACAUGAUACAAAGUCCUUUCCCUCAUUUACCCAUGUUUCCUUUAUAUACAUGUUUUAAUAGACUGCACUGUAUGCAGAUGGGAUAAAAUUAAUGAUCUUUGUUUUCUGUGGUAAUAUGUGUUGAUGGCCCCUUGGACUGAAGCUUCUUCCUAUUAUGAAGCAUGCCUUUUUUUUGGGAAGCUCAAAUUUAAGCUACUUCUUAAAUCAUAUCUUUGUGCCUUUUUAAAUCAAACGUUAUAUAAAAUACACAAUCCAAUUUGUUUUUACAUGAUCUUUAAAGUAAAUGACAGAGCUAGUAUACUAAUUUUCACUGUAUUCAUCCCCAAAUUAUUCAGUUUGCUUGAAGCAAUAAUAUUUGUAUCAAUAAUUAAGUAUUGUCUUCCAGAUCAGAAAUAGACAGUGCUUAUUAUUCAGCUGAAGUGUAUGAAAGGACAUCUGAUAAUUUGUAAGAUUCAUAGAGCAUUGCAGCAAUAUGAAGAACCAAACUUUUUGAAUUUAAGAAUAUGGCUGUCCUGGUUAAUGGCUGAAUUGAUUAGUUGCCAUUCAACAAGAUUUUAAUCAUUCGGUAAAAUAAACUUUAAUAUUUUAAUAUAUUUUACCCUCUGCAAAAAAUACUCAGGAAUGUUAUCCUACUAAAGUAUCACAAUUAAUCUAAUGGUCAAACCUUUUAGAGAAUUUAACCUAACUAGAGAAUUGAGGUGUCAUUUAGGGCUGACCCUAUAUCUGAAUUGGUUUUGUUAGCUUAAUUUUAUUGAGCACAUCAGCCAGCUUGGUUUAACGUAUAUAACUUUAAAAUUCCAUCAUUUACUGGGUGUAAUGCAUUCAAAUUUCAUGCAGCAAAAAACUACAUUGAAAUUCUUUAAGUGGAAAGAUCGUUGGCAGUUAGACACUAAUUUUUAUGAAGUAACCUGAGGCAAUAGUAAAAGUUGUCUUUAUUCAAGAACUACCACAAUUAAACAUAUUGCAGAAUACUUGGCCGCCUCACUGGCGGGUGAAUAUGUUUCUUGUAAUGUCCUCAUGGGCUGAUCUAGACAGAAUUGAGAUGGACCAACCAACAUAACAAUACUCCAUAGCUAAUGUAUAACUUUUUAAACUAAUAUAUUUACUCGUAUGUUACUGAGAGUUUGUGGGUGCAGAGGUACCCUGCUACUGGCUAAUAUAGGGAAUGUAGUUAGUAAAAGCAGUGGACUGGCAUAAAAAUCAUGGAUACCAGGUAUGCUUUAAAAUAUGUUCAAAAGCAACAAGUCCACAUGUAUCAAUAUGUUCUUCAAUACAUCAACACUGCAUAAGACUUGAUUAGAAAGUGUGAUGUGUAAAAGCAGAAAUGCAAUGAAAUGAGCAGCUUUUUAUGCGAUGUGUGUUAACAAAGAGACUUCAGGAUUUGAUUAUUUACAGGUAAAUUAGUUUAUAAUCUGACUGAUAAUUAAAUAUUUACCAUGUAUUUUUAAAUCUAAUAAAUUGUUGCUUUGAAAACCGACUGUGUAGAUUUGCACUGGGGAAAGGCAGAAAACCCUGUUCACAAAUAUAGGUGUUCCUCUGUGUUUCUAAUUAUUCUACAUCAAACAAAAUUUGUUUUUCCAUAGAGUAACCUGCUUUCAGCAUUCCAAAAGGAAUUGAAUACAUUGCCAUUUUUUUCUGAUAUUUUACAAAACUAAAUGCUGUUCUUUUCUGUAGGUAAACCUCCACCAUAAAAGUCUAUUGCAGUAUAAUAUUCUCAGACCUGCAGUGUGAUAGAAAAACGACCAAUUAUUUUAAAUAUAAUUUCCCCCCCCCUCCCCAUUCUCCUGUUGUUGUAAGUAACAACCAAUCAGCUGUCCUGGGUUAAAUAUAAAGAAAAACAAUGUGGGUGACUGCUACUUGUCUAUCCGCUUGUAUUGAGCGAUGCUUUAAACCGAGGUAGGAUAAACAUGGUUAUUGAAUGUUGUUGGAUUUAACAUAUUCUCAAUCUGGCAUAGCAGAUUCUGAUGUGGCUUUAUACAUUGUAUGCGCGUGUUAAUACAUUUUGCUGUUACAUGUCUCAGAGCAAUCUGAAGAAACACUAUUGAAUAUUCUAUAUGAUUAACAAUGUUUUGUUAAAAUUUUCACGGAUAUGGUGAAAGCAAAUUUCUGGUGAAGGGGCUUUCUUUGUCUUUUAGCAAAAUAUAACUUGUAACAAAUGUGCAUGUUCCAAAAUUCCUGAGGAUUAGUUUGCAGCAUUGUGGUGUAGCAGUUAGUGCUGUUGCCUCAAUUCCAGAGACCCAAGCUUAACCUUAACAUCAGGUGUUGUCUGUGCAGAAUUUGUGCAUUUAGUGACAAUGUGGGUUUCCUCUGGUUGCUUCAGUUUCCUUUCGCAUUGCACGAUCAAGUGGCCUCUGUUAAUUAUCCCUUGGUGUACAUCAACAGCAAAAACAAUCAAAAGGGGGUUGGGGCGAGAAAUGUGAUGGAAGGGUAUGGGGCAUGUUGGUUUUCUUCCCCAGAUGACAGCACAAACUAAAUGGCUACAUUUUCACUAUUGGUAAAAAUAUGUUUUUUGUCAUAUCUGUAUGACUAAUCUUAUGACACUGAUGUUGAUCAUAUUGAUUUAUUAAUUAGUUUAAUGUUGUUGUAACUAGUAAUUGGUUGUUGAAGGACCAUAUUGUUUCUGUGAGUGAGGGUUGGUGCUGUUGUCUAUCAAAUCACUUUGCAAGUAUCACUGUUCAGUCAUAAAAAAAUAUUUUGUGGGACCUGAGGAAGGAAUCUGACUGCUAUUGGGGCGAGAUGAUCGGUAGCCCGGUGUAGAUUGUCUCUGGUUUGAGGUCUCGGUCAGCUUCAGUCUAAAUUGAGCUCCAAGGAGCGGGGAGAAAGUGCCUUUAAAAAAAUGUCAUUAGCAGGAAGAGCAACCAGUCUUUGGCUUCAUGGUGAAUAUCAAUGGAUUAUAAUGCUGCUAUGUUGCAGGUGGGAAAAGUCAAGUGUAGUUAUUUCAUGUUGGCUGUCAAGGUUAUGCUGUGACUGUUAAUUGCACUAUUGCAUUGCUAGUUUUUAUUGUGAAUUGCAGUUUCUUCCAACUUUAAGAUUAAAUUCAGAAUUGGUUGGUCAACAGGUAAAUCAGGAAAUAAAGAUUUUGAUAAUAAUGGAGAAUGAUUGGAAGCUAUAUCUAAUAUUAAUUAAUUUUAGAUGUUGAUGAAUUUCUAUCGUAAGUAGCUUUAGAACUAAAUGGCAAUGAUAUUUAGAUCCAUAUCUGGAUAAUUGAUCUUGGAUUUGGUUAAUUUGAUUUUUGGAUUGAAUAUGAAGAAUUGCUGUUGAAAUGAUAAUUGGCUAAAUCAUUUGCUAUUAGAAAAUACUACGUGCCAAUUGUUUUUAACAAAACAUUGUUGCUUAUAUAUCAAACAAGAUGAAAUAAUAUUGCAAUGGAAAAGAUUUAGUGAAGCAUUUUGUUCCAUGAAGGUUCUAAGAUUUACAUGGCUCUCAUUACCAAUAAUGUACAUUUAUUGAUGAAUCAAAGGUUUACUGUAUUCCCGUGUUAUCCUUCAGUUUAUAAUUGUAUAUUCAUAAUUUUUUUUUUAAUUGUGUUGGGGAAAAAUUAGUUUUUAGAUGUCAAUACUUUUAUUUGCUCACUUUGUACUGAAGCAAUUUUAAUGAUAUUAAUUCCUUAAACUCACACUACUUCUACCUGUUAUCAGAAAAUACGUUUGCAAUGGUAACACAUUCAGUACGCAUACAAGUGCAUUGUAAAAUGUAGUAGGCACAUUGCCGUGCAGGCAGAUGCAAAGGUUUAUUGGGUCCUUAUAAAUUCCAAUAAUACAUAUUUGGGAUCUUUUACUAAGAUUGUGCUUCAACUAUGAUUAUGUAUAAUUUGUUUUACAUGCUCGUGUUUCUUUGUACCUCUGUAAUUCAAAUGAAUAAAACUCCUUAAAAUCA